GAAGAUAUCAUGUUUUGAGAAUAGAAAAACUUUGGUGUAUCACCGAUAUCGCUUUAUACUUCAAAGACCUUUCUUAAACCUGACUGCUUUGAAAAACCGUGCUUGGAAUCUUUUUAGAUUCAAUUUGUCUUUCUGUACAGAGGAAAAGUCCCUUUGUUCCAUUGGGUGGCGUUCAACUAUCGAUGAUGUACGAAGUAGUAGAUGAGGCACGUGGUAACGAAUUAGAAACGCGAGGAACGAAUGUGCAACUUGUUCGUAAACAGUCUGAAGACAAAGGGGGAAACUUUUACAGUCAAAAGCGCUGAGAAUGUUGAAAAGAACAGAAGCAUGGACACGUUUCCAAUGCGUUUUCUUGACGUCUUGUUUUCAGACGAAGAUGACAAAAAUAACACGCAAGAACUACCUUGUGACAUAAUCGCUUUGACGAAAAAGCCAUCAGCAAAAUGUCAAGGGCAUGAAUACCUAAGAAUUCAGAGGAAGAAGAAGUGUGUGAGAACGUGUAACAAGCUGCCUCAGGAGCGAAAAAUAAGCCUCAUCAUGAGCAUUUUUGACAAACUUGCGGGAAACAGUAAUGAUAAUAAGCCGAGUUUACCAAAUUUGCCGAAAGAGAUGGAAGACAAUGCGGCGAAGACAGAUUCCGACUCCCACAACAAUUGUGAAGAAACCUCUUGCUCGUCAAAUAACAGUGAAGAUUGUUCAUCGUCAUAUAAAGAAUAUGUACGACAAAUUUAUUUCCAGAACUGUAAUGAUAAGAAACAGACUUCGGCGCCAACUUCGAGAUUCGGUUCAGCGAAUGAAGGAUUUGAUGUGAAUGGAACAGGGCUGACAUUAUAGAAGUCUCCAGUAUCAACCACUUUGAGAAAAAAGGACUGUACAAAAGCUGGAGAAAUAACCUCCGCACCAUUGGAGAUUGACGGUGUCGAAAAUGGUGGUAAAGUAGUACAUGAAUUGACUGUACGAGCGUGGUUAAGGAAUCCUAGUAUUUUGAUAAAUAAUCUUUCAAUCGUCGCAUCAUCUUAAUUGUGGGUAUAUUAUUUUAGCGAGGAGUCAAUUUCGUUCAAAAGAGGAAACCGAUCGCUUUACUUUGGAUGUAUUCAUUCUGGCUUUGGUCAUUUUCGUUUUCCUUUAGUAAAUAAUUUUUUUUCU